AUGCCACUGCUAGAAACUAACCCUGAGAUAGCUGCUAAGGAUUUCGACAUUCCUGUAACCAAAGUUGCGCCCCGCACGGAUAAGUCGCCAUUGCCGUUCGAGGAGAUCCCUGGGCCAGCGAUACUGAAACUCUGGGAAAAAUACUGGCGAUAUGUGCCGUUGCUGGGUACGCAACUGUUUUGCAGUCUGCUAAUCAACAAGUUUACUCAGGGACGAUUAUCCUGGAAUCGUAAUGUCAUGCCGAUCAAGUACCUGUUCGACGAGUAUGGAUGCGUCGUGCGAAUCAAUGGGCCGCUUAUAAAUGACAUCGUUAUGAUUCACAGGCCUGAGCAUAUAGCCGAGGUUCUCGAGCAGGAGAGAGAGUUGUCUGUCCGCAGUGGCAUCGACAUUCUUCAACAUUAUCAUCUUAAUCAUCGCAAAUAUCGCUCCGCAGGAGCGUUCUCCCUACAAAGUUACGAGUGGUUGGAAGUAAAAGAGAAAGUCGAUCAGCCCUUCAACGACACCGUCUGGGAUUAUUUUGAGAAACUGGACGAGGUGUGCGGGGAAUUCACUAACAGGAUUCGUGAAAUAUGCAAUCGACAAGAUGAGGUGCCGGGAACUUUUCACCGGGAUCUCACCGCCUGGGGUAUGGAAUGCUUCUACGUGACGAUGUUCAACAAACACCUCGGCUUCCUCGAUCCCACCUCGAGGUCGGUGGACGAGACCACGAAGGUCAUCAAUGCACUGAUCACCGCUCACACGUACAUGAGUCGCUGCGAGACCGGCUUUCAGGUGUGGAGAUUCUUCGAGACUCCGUUCGCCAAGAGGCUCUUCGCCGCGUGUGACGUCCUCAACGAGAUUAUCGGAAAGUAUAUUCGCCACACGCAGAACAAAUUGCAGGCUCUAUCGCAGUUGGAACAAGAGAGAUUCGCGAAAGAGAAGGAAGGCUCACCGUUCCUCGAGAAGAUGCUGGCACAACGCAUCCACGUGGACGACAUUUCCACGCUCUUGAUGGACAUGAUGAUCUUAGGCGUCCAGGCAGUCGUCAAUUGCGAGGCGUUCCUGAUCUACUUCUUGGCAAAGAAUCCCAGGGCACAGAAGCAGCUGUAUGAUGAGAUAAUCUCCGUCUCGGCCAGAUCGGGCUCCGUCUUGACAAAAGAAAGUCUGAAGAACAUGCCGUAUCUGAAAGCAUGCGUGAAGGAAAGUCUCAGGUUGCGACCCGCAUUUCCCUACUUGACGAGAUUACUGUCGUCGCCGAUCACGUUACACGGAUACGCGAUACCGAAGGGGACUUUCGUCAUAAUGGCGAGUCAGAUAACGUCGCAGCGCGAACAACUUUUCGAGGAUCCCGAGAAGUAUCGGCCAGAGAGGUGGUUGAAUCAGGAUGAGCAUGCGCACAAUUUCUACCAGGAGUACUCGUGUCUACCCUUCGGAUACGGCUCGCGGUCCUGCCUGGGUAGAAACAUGGCUGAGACGCAAAUGACGUUGCUCAUCGCGAAGUUGGUGCGAGAAUUCACGAUCGAGUACGAUUACGCCGAUAUCGGGAGUCGAUUUUUCAUGAUGAACGUGCCGAAUCGGCCGUUACGCUUCCGAUUCGUAGACAGGAAGUAA